GGCUCGCGCCCUCCGUCGGGGAAGCAUGGGGCUGCCCAAACUGGUGUGCGUCUUCUUGUUCGCUGCCUGCUGCUGCUGUCGCCGUGCCGCGGGUGAGUUCUUUAUGUUGAGGGGGCUGUGGGGGGCCCGACCCGCGUCCCUCAGAGCCCAGGCGUUGGGAGUUUGGGGAUGUCUUCGACGGAGCCGGACUGUGCCGCCUGAGUGUACCGGAGAUCAGAGCUGGUAGCAACGUAGAGUCGGGGCUCUGCACCCCAGUGGGCGCUCCUUCUUGCCAGAGUCCCCGAUUUCCAGGCGCCCCGCGUGCGUGCAACUUCUUUGCGGGUGUGCAGCCUAGGUUUUAGAGUAUUCUGGGAACGGACUAGUCGGGUUGCUGCAGCAGCGAGCGGGAAGGGGUGGGGCCGAGCUUCUGCAGGACGCUGGGCCCGGCCUCCCGCAGGUGUUCGCUCUGGGUGCUGGAUGCUGGGUGCUGGAGUCCCGGCAGAGAGGCGCAGCCGGGGCGCAUCCCCAACCCGUGCAUCCCGCGCCCGCCUGUUGCUGGAAAAGGCAGUUUCCCUAGCUGGAGGGGGCCGCCGACCCCUCCCCCUCCGCCUGGGCCUCACGCCAGUUUGGAGGUGUGCCAGGAGAGGAAAAGCAGCCAGUACCCACGCCCGACCUGGUGGAGGCAGAAGUGGGCAGCACAGCCCUUCUCAAGUGUGGCCCCUCACGGGCCUCAGGCAACUUCAGCCAAGUGGACUGGUUUUUGAUUCACAAGGAGAGGCAGAUACUGAUUUUCCGUGUGCACCAAGGCAAGGGCCAGCGGGAACCUGGUGAAUAUGAGCACCGCCUUAGCCUCCAAGACUCGGUGGCUACUCUGGCCCUGAGUCACGUCACUCCCCAUGAUGAGCGAAUGUUCCUGUGUAAGAGCAAGCGACCACGGCUCCAGGAUCACUACGUUGAGCUUCAGGUCUUCAAAGCCCCAGAGGAACCAACUAUUCAAGCCAAUGUCGUGGGCAUCCAUGUGGACAGGCAAGAGCUCAGGGAGGUUGCUACCUGUGUGGGGAGAAACGGCUACCCCAUUCCUCAAGUCCUAUGGUACAAGAACAGUCUGCCCUUGCAAGAGGAGGAGAACCGAGUUCAUAUCCAGUCAUCACAGAUUGUCGAGUCCAGUGGCUUGUACACCUUGAAGAGUGUUCUGAGUGCACGCCUAGUUAAGGAAGACAAAGAUGCCCAGUUUUACUGUGAACUCAGCUACCGGCUACCCAGUGGGAACCACAUGAAGGAAUCUAAGGAGGUCACUGUCCCUGUUUUCUACCCUGCAGAAAAAGUGUGGGUGGAGGUAGAGCCUGUGGGGCUGCUGAAGGAAGGGGAUCAUGUGACAAUCAGGUGUCUGACAGAUGGCAACCCUCAACCCCACUUCACUAUCAACAAGAAGGACCCCAGCACUGGGGAGAUGGAAGAGGAGAGCACCGAUGAAAAUGGGCUCCUGUCCUUGGAGCCUGCCGAAAAGCACCAUAGCGGGCUCUACCAGUGUCAGAGUCUGGACCUGGAAACUACCAUCACACUGUCAAGUGACCCCCUGGAGCUGCUGGUGAACUAUGUGUCUGAUGUUCAAGUGAAUCCAACUGCCCCUGAAGUCCAGGAAGGUGAGAGCCUCACGCUGACCUGCGAGGCAGAAAGUAACCAGGACCUUGAGUUUGAGUGGCUGAGAGACAAGACAGGCCAGCUGCUGGGAAAGGGUCCCGUCCUCCAGCUAAACAACGUGAGACGGGAAGCAGGGGGACGGUAUCUCUGCAUGGCAUCUGUCCCCAGAGUUCCUGGCUUGAAUCGUACCCAGCUGGUCAGCGUGGGCAUUUUUGGGUCCCCAUGGAUGGCAUUAAAGGAGAGGAAGGUGUGGGUGCAAGAGAAUGCAGUGCUGAAUCUGUCUUGUGAGGCUUCAGGACAUCCUCAGCCCACCAUCUCCUGGAAUGUCAAUGGUUCGGCAACUGAAUGGAACCCAGAUCCACAGACAGUAGUGAGCACCUUGAAUGUCCUUGUGACGCCAGAGCUUCUGGAGACAGGUGCAGAGUGUACAGCCUCCAACUCCCUGGGCUCAAACACCACCACCAUUGUUCUGAAGCUGGUCACUUUAACCACCCUCAUACCUGACUCCAGCCAAACCACUGGCCUCAGCACCCUCACAGUCAGUCCUCACACCAGAGCCAACAGCACCUCCACAGAGAAAAAGCUGCCACAGCCAGAGAGCAAAGGUGUGGUCAUCGUGGCUGUGAUAGUGUGUACCUUGGUGCUUGCUGUGCUGGGUGCUGCUCUCUAUUUCUUCUACAAGAAGGGCAAGCUGCCAUGUGGACGCUCGGGAAAACAGGAGAUCACGCUGCCCCCGACUCGUAAGAGUGAAUUUGUAGUUGAAGUUAAGUCAGAUAAGCUCCCAGAAGAGAUGGCUCUCCUUCAGGGCAGCAACGGUGACAAGAGGGCUCCAGGAGACCAGGGAGAGAAAUACAUCGAUCUGAGGCAUUAGAUGGCUCCCAUUGCACUGCUCGCAGCUCCCUGCUCAGACUUCACCCCAAGCUGAAGCCUCCAGAGGGACAGCAGGGACGAGCCACACUCAACCCCCCCCCUGCACAUCAGGUCUGAGAGCUAGGAGCUGGGACAGGAGUCGUCUGCAGGAGCUCAGUUGGCUACAGAGGCCUGGUUUUAGAGACCAAGCCCUCCUCUGUGUCCAGUAAAUAAUGCUUAUCCCAAGGGGCCCGUCUCCCAGGGCAUUUCCCCCUCCCGUGCACAGCCAUUGGUGGCAAAUCCUUCUGCCAUCAGCUGUGUGGGCUUGCCUCUUUGAGCUCAUCUCCCCUCACAGGCUGUCUUCAUGAUGCAGGACCUGGGCACAUGGUCACAUUAUUCCGUUCACAUUGGUCCUUGUGAGAACCUCACAGUCUGGAGGCGGCUGCUUUUGUACCUUCCUGCCUGCUACUAAUUCAGGGUCUCAUUUGGAACAUUUUUCCUUUGGGUAGUGGUCAGGAACUGGUGUAAGUCCUCCAGACACAUCCCUGUGUAAGGAAGCCAGGCACUGUUUCUCUGAGUUUUGUUGUUUUGUUUUCUUUGAAGGCUACUGAGCCCAAGCUUCCCGCAUUCCCUUAGUAACAAGAGACAGGACAGAGAGAAGGUCUACUGUUCAUGGGGAUUAGGCUUAUAGGAAUGUUAGUACCAAAUUUCUACAUGUGAGCUUUGGGGGCCAGGUCCUAGAGAGCCCAAGUGGGAGAAUGGUAUUUAGGAGAUGAAAAACCUGGCCUAGCAAGAGCUUUUGAGGUGUGUGUGUGUGUGUGUGUAUACAUAUAUGUGUGUAUAUAUAUAUAUAUAUAUAUGGUUUUGUCUGUAAAUUUGCAAAUUUUUCCUUUUAUAUGUGUGUUAGAAAAAUAAAGUGUUAUUGUUCCAAAAGCA